GCAUUCCUUUGUUCUCAAGGAGCUGAAAAAUGCAGACAUAGCAAUACGUACACAAAAGACUCCCCCUGGACUUCAGCAUGAGAACACUGCUCCAUCUGAUUAUUUCCGUAGCCUGGUGGAGCAGUUUGAGGUGCAGUUGCAGCAGUACCGGCAGCAGAUAGAAGAACUGGAGAACCACCUGACCACGCAGAGCAGCGGCUCCCACAUCACUCCUCAGGACCUGACUUUGGCGAUGCAGAAGUUGUACCAGACGUUUGUAGCACAGGCUGCCCAGCUCCAGUCUGUUAAUGAGAAUGUCAAGAUCUUGAAGCACCAGUACCUUUCCUACCGCCGGGCCUUCCUGGAAGACUCGACGGAUGUCUUUGAAUCCAAGCGGGCAUCUAACAGGAAGUGGCGGAGUACUCCGCGGGUCACCACUGGGCCCGCCCCCUUCUCCAGUGUGCCCAACGCUGCAGCGGUUGCAAUGGCAGCCACGUUGACCCAGCAACAGCAGCCAACUCCAGGGACCCAGGCACCCUUGGGGGCAGGGUUUGGAAACCCCUUUGCCUCGGCAGUGGGCACUAGCUUGGGCUCUUCUACCCUUGGAGGUAUUACCUCUGCCUUUUUUUAAAUGAGUAUUCCCUUUUGUUUCGCCCUUCCCUUGAACACUUUACCAUUUCCUACAUGCCUCCUAGCUCUUGCCAAGCAGCCUUUCUGUUUGAGGUGUUUGUGUUCUCCUGUGUGAACGGUAGGCAGCGUGUGUGUGUCUGAGAGAGCGGUGCAGUUGAAGCUUGGCAGUGUUUUUCCUGUUCUUCCUUGUGCAAGAGUUGAAGUGCGUUCACACCACAAGUAAACUGAGCAGCCACAGGUCACUGUGCCUUUUCACGUGACCGUUCUUUUUCCUUAUGAGGAGAUAUGUGGUCAAAGAAAUUCCCCGAACUGUUUUAAUACAACAAUGCUCUACCUUUGGAUGUCAGCUGGCAAAUCUUCUUGGCCACAACAGCCAGUUAAGAGUAACUUGGCAGCGUGGUAACAAGUGGUCUGAACGCACACCAUGUUGGUGUCAUAGUUGGUGUAUUUGUUAAAAACGUUCAUGUUAUUUUCUUCCCUGUGGUCUUUGCUUUGCAGUGUACUGUGAGUACUGUUUUGUUCUCCAGUCAGAAGUAAAGCUGUGUGUAGGGCUCUGGUGAUUAGGUUGUGGCAUUUGUUUUGGGUAAUUCUGUAUCAAAUCAGA